CUCGUGACUUGACACUGUGACGUGCUUGUAAGGAGUGUGAGGUCUCGCAUUGCUUCGUACUUACCCGGUGGCAACUUAACGAUGGCGGACCCUCUUCUGUGUCUCCUACUCAUCCCUCGUCUUCAAGUGUCUCUUGCCCUUCGCCUUGCACACAACGGCGGCGCUUCACCUGAGCACCAGAGACAAGUCGUGUUUUCCGGAUGAGCCUGACCGCCAACUCCCGCCAAGCGCUGCUAGCGUAUUCAAGGACAUUUUUUGGUGUUUAAGCUAACUUUAGCCUUUUCGGCGGUGAUCGCUUCCGCCUUUAAUUAAGAUGGGGGUCCAGUGACCGUGUCAGUAAUUGCAAAGGCAGAGUGAACGCACACACACUGAUGACGACGGCGAUGAUGUUUGUGGACGCGUCAUCUGUUGAUGUCGAACCCGAGAUGAGGGUCCAAACAGUCGGCGUCGUCAAGGAAAUCGCCUGCUGACUUAUUUUUGGAGGGGUACGCUCGUUUCACUCAUGGCUUCCUUUGUGGACCUCGCCAGGUGGGCGGUGGCUCCUGCUUGACCCCAGAGAGACCCCCUCAACAUACAAAGGUGGAUGAACUUUGGACUUUUUCUUAUUCUGUAAACACUGACGGUGGAGGUGUCGCAUCGCAGGUAUGUGAAGAGAAUUGCAAGACACAUCACUUUGUCAUGACUUGUGCUGCCAUGUUGCUAGGUAACAAAGUAAGUGCUGGGUUUACUCUCGUUCAAAUGCACCUUUUGUUGAAAAAAACUAAACAAAACACGGCUUGUGCUUACCUACUUGCUUUUUGUUUUAUUUACAACGCAGAAGCAUCAACCAGGCUCAUAGGUUGAGGCUCAAUCGGUGGCUUUUCCUUCCAGCAAGGUGCAGCGAGAGUCUAUGCACUCUCUGCAGUUGAAUCACCCCAAAACACUGGCAUGCCUGCAUGCUGUUACUUCCCGCGUCGUGUCGUCCAGGGAAAAGGCGAUCAUUUUGUGAGACAAAAGUUGAAUACGGCAAGAAAAUGUCGCAAGUUGCAAUAUUUCAACAGACAAAAGUUGUCGUGUAACGAGAUUAAAGUCGUGCUGUGGCUGUAUGUGAAGAAAGUAGUCAUGUGAAAAAGCGUUUUUUUAACAGUCACAUUCUUUUACUAGAAUCAUGUCAUCUUAAUCUAGGAAAGACAAUCAUCAUUUUGUGGCACAGAAGUCAUAAUACUGUGGUAAUACUGUGUUAAGACACACAAAAGUAUUUUUAUGAGACCAAAAUGACAAAACAAAGUAAUAUGUCAGAUGCUAUACUGUUUGCAGAUUUUAAAAAAUGCCCUGUUUUUACUAAAAUAAAAUAAAGGGUUCAUAUUCGUGGAAAAUGUCAUCAUUUUGUGGCAUUAUUGCAAGUAUACGUCCCAUUACAGGAAUUAAAUGGUGCAAUUACAGUACUAUGUAAAAAAAAAAAAAAAAGUAUACAUUUUGCAUGACUUAAGAUGAGUAAUAUGGGGAAAAACUAGUAAUGAUAUGAAAAAAUUAGUACAUUGAUGAGAAUAAAGUUAAAUUGGUAUGAGGAACAAAGUCGUUUAUGACACAGGAGAUAUAAAAGCCAUAAAGUCAUCAUAAUAAAGAAAGUUUUAGACUGAAAUAAUAAUAUUACAAAACAAUGUUGGAAUUUUACGAGAAUGACUUUUAUGUCAUGACAAGAAUAAAGUUAUAAAUCACAAAGAAGUCAAUAUAAUGUGAGAAUAAAGCUGUAACAUGAGGAGAAAGUCGUAAUUGAGAAAAGAACGCAGUUGUAAUUUCAUGAGAAUAGCGUCAUAUUUAAAGGGGGGAAAAAUCGAGGAUUUUAUGAGAAUAAAAUGAUGUUAAAAGAAAAAAUACAGGAUUUUUAUGGGAGUAAAGUAAUAACAGGAAAAAAAAAGUCAGGAUUCUACGAGAAUAAAGUAAAAUUACAAGAAAAAAAUUAUAAAAAUAAAAAGUAAAAUAAAGUAAUAUUACAGAUAGGAUUUUAUGAAAAUAAAGUAAAAAAAAAAGCAAAAAACAGUGCAGUAUUUUUUGGCACUAAAGUAAUAUUACAAAAAAAAUGCAGGAUUUUACGAGAAUAAAAUAUAUUACAAAACAAAUAAUAUGUGAUUUGACGACAGUAAAAGAAUAUUGCAAGAAAAGUGUCGACACGUAUGUCCACAGCGUUCAUGAUAAUGACAUGAAAAUGCAUCAUGGACAGUUAUGCAAAUUACAUGACAUUAAAAGACACCCCCCCCCCCAAAAAAAAAAAAAAAUUCGGUCCUGUGCAAAACACUGCAAUGUGUUUCCUGUCCACCUGACUCAAACGAACUUGCUUACACGAUUGAGACACUGCAGGAAGUAGCGUCAUCAAAACAUGUUUACUUCAUGCAGACAGCUGACCUGAAGUCAGCCAUUGGAGGACAAGCUCUGUCUUGCACUCACCUCAAUGGAGCAAUGCAGCAGGCGGGUGCCAAGAUGAUGUUAUUGGCACAUAAUGUUAUUUGGGGGGGGGGGGGGGUCGAGGCCUGCGUGACGCCACCUUGAAGCACACAAACGGUCGCCGGGGAUGUUGUGUAACGUGCAUCAGCUACGGAUCUUCAAAGUUUCAUCAGGCCUGUCAUCCCCCCACCCCUUCUUGAAGUUGCACGAAAUGGCAGCAGCUGAGGGCAGAUAUGUGAUUUCUUGCAGUGAUUCGACCGAGGCGGGUCGCCACCCAUGUUGUCCCUGUGCCACAUUUUCCCAAACACAUGAAGAUCGGAUGUUGAUGAUACCACAAGCGCCUGAACAUGAUGUCAUCAUCACUGGCGACCCGGCUUGCCUCCAUAAAAAACAAAACAAAAAAAAACCCUUCUAAAAUCCUGCUGUAAACACGGCAGCUCAACAACGUAUUUGCCUAACCUGUUUUUAAAAUGGGGCCUGCCCCUUUUAGCCUGGAGGAGCUGCUAACACACAUGCACACACACACACACACACACACACAAAGGGCGUGGCCUAUGCAAACACAAAAAUCUUUUAAUCAAGUUAUAGCCAGGCUUGAUUUUUGUAUAGCGUGGAAUCAGUAGCCAACGUUUACAUGGACACGCACGUAUCCGGAUUGAAAGCCUCACCAGAAUUGCGCCAGUUGGGAAUGUUCGGAACCCAUCAUGCACAAUUUCGUUCAUAUUGAGUGAGGCAGGGGGGCUAUGCCAAAAAAAGGAGCCAUCAAUGUGGACCUCGGCGGCUGACUUGACGAGCCGCUUGUAGGAGCCUCCGGAGUUUUCUCCUGUCCCCCCCCUCCCUCCCUUCCCUCCUCCCCUAACCCCCCCUUCCCUUCCGUCCUUUCCUAUAUCAGUCCUUUUCCACCCAACCCCUCCGCCCCCACCGCCGCCACGUCACCAUGCUUAUCAAGGAGUACCGCAUCCCCAUGCCCAUGAGUGUGGAGGAGUACCGCAUCGCCCAGCUCUACAUGAUCCAGAAAAAGAGCAGAGAGGAGAGCUCUGGCGAGGGCAGCGGAGUGGAGAUCUUAAAAAACAAACCGUACACGGAUGGACCUGGUGGGAGCGGCCAGUACACCCACAAGGUUUACCACAUUGGCAUGCACAUUCCGAGCUGGUUUCGCUCCAUCUUGCCCAAAGCGGCGCUUAGGGUUGAAGAGGAGUCGUGGAACGCCUACCCUUACACCCGCACCCGAUACACGUGUCCCUUUGUGGAGAAGUUCUCCAUUGACAUUGAGACGUACUACAUGGCCGACACCGGCACCCAAGCAGACGUUUUCAACAUGUCUUCUGCAGACAAGAGGCAGAGGACCAUUGACCCCAUCGACAUAGUGACCGACCCUAUCCCUCCCCAUGAGUAUAAAGCCGAGGAGGAUCCACGCUUCUACAAGUCUGCCAAGACUCAGAGGGGCCCUCUGAUGGAUGACUGGAUAGAAGACUACAACAACAAUCCAGGAAAGACCCCCAUCAUGUGUGCCUACAAGCUGUGCAAGGUGGAGUUCCGCUACUGGGGAAUGCAGUCCAAGAUUGAACGCUUUAUCCAUGACGUUGGUUUGAGAAAGGUGAUGGUGCGUGCCCACCGGCAGGCCUGGUGCUGGCAGGACGAGUGGUACGGGUUGACCAUGGAGGACAUCAGGGAACUGGAGCUGGAGACCCAGAGGACCCUGGCCGCGAAGAUGGCCCAGUUCUGCCAGGUGGAGGAGGCCACCGAGGCCAACGGAGGCACGGCGCCACCGGUCAUAGAGCAGGAGGCACAGGAUACCAGCAGCUGCACAGAGGCAGAAGAAGUGGUCGUCAGCACGGUGACGGACACGCUGCAGCCCCGGGGGGUGCUCACCAAGCAGUGGUCCACCUCGUCCAGAUCCUCCCGCUCUUCCAAAAGAGGAGCGAGCCCGUCCCGCCACAGCAUCUCGGAGUGGAGGAUGCAGAGCAUAGCGCGAGACUCGGACGACAGCUCCGAUGAGGAGUUCUUUGAUGCGCAUGAGGACUUCUCAGACGGUGAGGAGGUCUUACCCAAACCAAUCACCAAGUGGAAUUCCAAUGACUUCAUAGACAAGAUCGAAACUUCAGACAUGGAAGAAACUCCCGGUGAGAUAGCAGCGGACUACGACACAGUGACCAGUGGGGAAAGGCUAGAUGAGAUGCGAGGCUGCGUUAGAGUCCCAGCCGAUAGCUCUCCCAUUCCUACCAUCACAGUAACACCACACCAGUCAGAGAGCUCGGCCCAGCAGUGUCUGCAGCCGUCCAAGAUCCACGUGCUCAUCUUGGUUCUGCACGGAGGGAACAUCCUCGACACGGGCGGCGGCGAACAUAGCGGCAAGCAGGCCGACGUCAACACCAUCAGCACGGCUUUCGACACGGUCAUGCGCGUUCACUACCCGGCCGCCCUGGGACGCCUCGCCAUCCGUCUAGUCCCGUGCCCCGCCAUCUGCUCUGAGGCCUUCUCGCUGGUGUCCAACUUGAGCCCAUACAGCUACGAUGAAGGCUGCCUGUCCAGCAUCCAAGAUCACAUCCCGCUGGCGGCUUUGCCCCUCCUGGCCACCUCGUCACCACAGUACCAGGAGGCCGUGGCCACCGUCAUCGUCAGAGCCAACCAGGUGUUUGCCGACUUCAUUAAGUCUCUGGAUGGGGCUGCUUUCUCUGGCCAGGUCUGCCUCAUCGGGGACUGUGUAGGAGGAAUAUUAGGGUUCGAUGCUCUGUGCAGCAGCAACCAGACGGUCAAUGAGAGCCAGAACAGCAGCCGGAGGGGCAGUAUUGUCAGUGUGCAGGACCAGGACCUCCUCUCUCCAGGUACCAUCAUCAAUUUUGGGCAAGGUUCUGCCUCACCGACCCUGGAGGGCAGUCGCCACCUGAGUCGCAGCAACAUCGACAUCCCUCGUACAAUGUCAGGCGAGGACAACAAGAGACAACUAGCACGCAAGAGAAGCGACUCCUCCACCUGCGAGCUGGACACCAUAAAGCAGCAUCAGGCCUUCCUGUCCAGGUAUGUAAACAAUGAAAGCAAAUACCGUUUGCUAAAUAUGAUGACAGUCUCCGGCAUGACUUUGUGUCAUCCUUCCAGUUUGCACUCCAGCAUCCUGCGGAGUGAUGCGACCUCACGCAGGUCCAGCAGCAGCACCAUGCUGGACGGUGGCGCACAGGGGAAGUUUGAAUUUGAAGUGUCCGACUUUUUCCUCUUCGGCUCUCCGUUGGGUUUGGUGCUGGCUCUGAGGAAGACGGUCAUUCCCAUGCUGGAUGUGGCCCAGCUGCGUCCCGCCUGUCAGCAGGUCUACAACUUGUUCCAUCCUGCCGAUCCUUCCGCUUCCCGCCUGGAGCCUCUUUUGGAGAGGAAGUUCCACCUGUUGCCUCCCUUCAACGUGCCCAGAUACCAACGCUUCCCCCUGGGGGAUGGAAAUUCGGCUCUGCUGGUGGAGACAGUCCAGAGCAACGCUCAGCUGCUACUUGACAGCGGGCCCCCUCUGUCGCUUCGCUGUCAGGAGAUCAUCAGUGAGACGUGCAUCCCUGUGCCGGUGCUAAACUGGCAGGAGGGCGGCCUCAAAGCCACACCCGUCACUCUGGAGUCGGAUGUUGUUCAGUCUCAUGGUGGUGUCUUCAUGGAAAGUUCGUACCCCUCAUCCCCUGUAAUGGGCCCCUUCUCGCGGGGCCAGCGGCGAGCCAGUGAGGUCAGCAUUGCCAGCCAAGUGUCAGGAAUGGCAGACAGUUACACUGCCAGCAACAUAGCCAACACCAAAACACACCAGUUUAAUCAAUCCAAAAGGGUCGGCCUUUUGUCCCAACUGGCCCUGUCGUCUCAAAGCAAAUUCUUCCUGAAAAGCCCCCCUAAAUCCCGUAAGAAAAAAAAGGUCAAGCAGGCCUUGCCAGAAUCCCCCGAGAAAGAUCUGCCGGCCGAGCUGGACUCGACCGAGACUGAAAUGUACGGCAGUCUGAGUCCCACUGGCCAGUACGGCACCAGCCUGUCGCCCGGCCUGGACUUUGCUAUAUGUGAUCUGGUCUCGCUGGACUCCCAGGCGGAGGUGGAUCAAGUUGCAGCACGUUGGUGGGGCACCAAGCGGAUGGACUUCGCCCUCUACUGCCCCGACGCUCUGACAGCCUUCCCCACCGUGGCUUUGCCUCAUCUGUUCCACGCGUCCUACUGGGAGUCCACAGACGUGGUGUCCUUUCUCUUGAGACAGGUCAUGAGGCACGACAACUCCAGUAUCCUGGAACUUGACGGGAAAGAAGUGUCAGAGUUUACGCCCUCCAAACCUCGGGAGAAGUGGCUCCGCAAGAGGACUCACGUGAAGAUCAGGAACGUGACUGCCAACCACCGCGUAAACGAUGCCGUGUUCACAGAAGACAGCCAGCAAGUGGUCACCGGCCGCUUCAUGUACGGCCCGCUGGACAUGGUCACCUUGGCCGGAGAGAAGGUUGACCUGCACAUCAUGACUCAGCCGCCAUCAGGGGAAUGGGUUUACUUCAACACGGAGGUGACCAACAGCAGUGGCCGCGUGUCCUUUGUCCUUCCCAACGACAAACGUCUGGGCGUGGGCGUCUACCCUGUCAAAAUGGUCGUUAGGGGCGACCACACGUUUGCAGACAGCUACCUGACGGUGAUCCCUCGCGGCACAGAGUUUGUGGUGUUCAGCAUCGACGGCUCCUUCGCCGCCAGCGUCUCCAUCAUGGGCAGCGACCCCAAAGUGCGGGCGGGAGCUGUUGACGUUGUCAGGCACUGGCAGGAUUUAGGCUACCUGAUCAUUUACGUGACGGGACGACCAGACAUGCAGAAGCAACGAGUGGUGGCUUGGUUGUCGCAGCACAACUUCCCUCAUGGCAUAGUGUCCUUCUGUGACGGCCUGGUCCACGACCCGCUCAGACACAAGGCCAACUUCCUUAAGGCCUUGACAGAGGCUCACAUGAAGAUAUUUGCUGGUUACGGUUCAACCAAAGACAUCUCGGUCUACAUGUCCAUCAAUCUGCCUGCUUCGCACAUCUACAUCGUUGGAAGACCCUCCAAGAAGAUGCAACACCAGUGUCAGUUCAUCACCGAGGGUUACGCGACUCACCUGUCCCAGCUGGAGUACAACCAGCGCUCGCGGCCGGCCAAGUCCAGCAGCACGCGCAUGGUGCUCCGCAAGGGCAGCUUCGGCGUUGGCGCCAACAGCGACUUCCUGAGGAAGCGCAACCUGCUGCGCACCAUCUCCUCCCAGCCGGCCCCCAGCUCUCCCACCACGGGGAACAUCCACGGCCGGCCCGAGCGCACGCAGAGCCAGUCGGACAGCGAGCGUCUAGAGCGCGAGCGUCUGGAGCGUGGCCACGGCCAGGGGGCGGGGCAGCGCAGCAUGAGCAUCACGGCCAGCUGCUGGGGGCGCAGCAGCAGCACCAAGAUGGAGCCUGGGAUACUCAGCCCCAAAUGAGGUGGGAGUAACGCCGCUAACAAUGACUGGGUGCUCUUUUCAGGUUGCACGCAUUUCAACACACAAUCAGACACGUUCCAUGGGACUGCCAGGCACAGUAGCGCCAUGCUGUAUAUUUCUGCACUAAACGGCUGCAAGCACAACUUGGAAUGGUGGAGUGAAUUCAACAAGCGGAAAAUUGGACUUCCCUCCCCUCCUCCCACAAAAGACCGAUUAUUGAUAACCCUUUAACUGCACCCCCACUCCCACAGGAGAACCGUGUGACUCCUACCUAGUGAAUGUGCCAAAGUACUCCAGCACAGAGCGGAAUAUCUGUGCAGGGACGUGACAGGAUAAGGUGUACAGUAUGUUUGUACACUGCUGUUAUUAUAAAUUAGAAAUAAGAGUGCAGGACUGCUGUCUGCUGGGCCACUGGAGACGCACGUCAAGUGUCUUCUUCCUAUUCAGGAUGGCACCUCCUUGUUAUUUAAUGAACAUAUUUUCUUUUCAUGUGGAGGAAAAAUCUUCUUUUAAUGAAUGACUUUGGGAUUUCUUUUUAUCCUUAUUAGCCUAUUGACCCGAAUAUAAGACAACCACCUCUUUUUGGAAAUACGCUUUUAUAAGACAACAUCAGUCACAUUUCCACGACGGCGUAUUAGGGCCACAUUGGGGGGGGGGGGGGGGGGUAAAUUUACAAGAGAAAAUUAUACGUUUACGAGGAAAAAAAAAGUCCUAAUAUUACCUUUGCCCGAAGCCAAAGGUAACAUAAGUCCCCGCUUUUCACUGCUGUCUCAGGCAAUGCCUGUUCUGGAGGAUUAAAAUAAUGGGAGAUUUUGAGAAUAAAAGGGUAAAUUUACGAGAAUAACGUCGCAAAUGUAAGAGAAAAACUCAUAUUAGGAGAAUAAAGUCCUACAUUUAUGAGAAGAAAGUCAGAUCUUACUUGGCUUGGGCAUGUGGAGCGGGCAGGGUAAGGAAGGUGGAAGUGAGACUAAAUAAGUCAUAAAUUUACAAAUUAUUUUCUUUUAAAUUUACGUACGACUUUAUUCCCGAAAUUUCAGAUUUUUUUUCCUAAUACUGCGUUGUACAUUUCAGUAUCAUAUUUCCGUCAUAAGAUUGUAUGCAUCAUUGUUCUUAUCGGCUGAACAGCUGAUCAGCAUCGUCUCAAAAUGAGCAUCACAGCAUAGCAUCACUGUUGCGUGCUAAGGCACGUCUGUAGCCAUGCUUGUUCCAAAUAUUUAAAAGUGUGUUCACAACAUUUUUUCCAUGUCGGAAAGAACAUGGAUUUGGCAGUUUUCAUGACUUAAUACGUGACAAAACUCUUAAUAUUCCAACGCAAAAGGCCGUCUGAUGGGUUGAAUACGUUUUAGAUUGGUUUUACGUUUAGAUUCUUUUAUGUUUACCAGCUCAUAUUUCAUCAAAAGCUUCUAGUUUCAAAGCACGCUGUUGCAUGUGUAAAGAAAAGACAACCCGUCUUUUUCAGUCUGUUUUGAUGGGGGAAAAAUACUGUCUUAUAUUCAGGUCAAUAUGGAAUUUCUGGUUCUUUUUACGUUUUAUUUUAUUUUGGAGAGGCCUGGCACAGUAUUGUCAUUGUUUUCUUGCCAAUCACCACACACGUGUUCUAUUUAUUAUUACGGUAUAUUGUCAUUUUAAGCUAUUUUGGAAUUCUGGGAAGUGGCUUCUCUCUCUUUCUGCUUUAGCCUCCGGUGUUGAAUGUGCUCCUUUUAGUCUCUUUUCAAGACUUAAAGUUGUAAAUUUAGUGUAUAAAAAUGUCAGAACACAGCGAUGAGAAUUGAUGAUGAUGAUGAUGAUGUUUCUAGUGGGGCAUGUCCCAAAGUGACUGCAAUGGACCAACAACAUGGGCGCAAAUGUAAAAGGGAAAAUGUGCAAUACUUCCUAUUAUUUAUUGAUCACCACCACGUCCAACACACACUGCAUCCCAGUGCUCUGACAAUCACUCCAAUCAGGAAUAUCACCACUCCACUCCCCCUUUUGCACAAAGGCCUGGAAAAUUGGACUUAAUUCUGUACUGUUUGGACAAAUGUCUUGGGACGCAAGGUCACCUUUCCUUAUGUCCUUAUUGACCGAGGUCAGAACGCAGCAGGGGUCUAUUUGUGGUUGGCACUAGUUUUAUGAACAAAAAUAUUGGGACAUUCGGCCAUCCAACUGAUUAGGUGGUGUGUCCCAAUACUUUUGUCCAUAUAAUGUACUGAGGUUGGCAUGAAUCCGUCAAGAAAUGUGGUAAAUUUGGGCCUUGCAAGUUAAGUACGGGACAAAAAAAAAUCAAAUGAACAGAAAUUGUGCUAAUGAAAGGUGAAGUGAGAAGAAAUCAGACAAUUAGUACGUAAAUGCUUAAGUUAAACUGUUUGUCCAACUCAUUUAACCUUUAGAGGCCUUGGGUUGUUUUCUUUGCCUUUUGUCCAUCAUAUAUGACAACAACAGCACAUGUAUGGACAAGUGAGUCUUAUUUCAAACUAGCGAACAAUAAAACACACAAGUCACACUACUAUGAUGAUGACACUUGACAAAUAUUUCCAUUGCACAGGGUGCGCGUGUGUGUGUGUGUGUGUGUCUAUUUUGUAGGUUUUGGAUGACCGCUCACUUGAUUUCCAUUCCCUUGUUUUUAUGCAGUGUAUAAAAAACAUCAAUCCAUGCAAAAAAAAAAAAAAAAUUCAUUUGAGCCUUGUUUCCGUGUGUGUUUUCUCCACAUAGACUUUUACAAGGUAAGUAAAGUUUGAAGUAUUUAAUUGUCUGCAAUCAGUUGACACAUCCUGACAAGUGUCAGCGUGUGAAACUACAAACAAAAAUGUAGACUACAAAUUGGGAAAAUUAGAAAUAUGUACUCACAGGACAUCGUCAGUGUCUGUGCAAUAAAAAGCAUGGUGUUUUUUAAAUGGGAAAAACAACUUCUCCACUGAAAAAUUAAAAACGCUAACAACUACAGUUUCAUCAACAUUUGACCAAAAAAUGUCAUCUCUCUUAGUUCUGUCAUUGAAAUACCAGCAGCAGAUGUCAACGCACAGUGCAUCUAAAGUAUGUUGUGUGCACCUUUCGCCAAAUUGCAGCCGGUUGUAGCAAUGGACCACAAAGCAGCAUCUUCUACCUGUUGAGCCCAAGCGUUCUCUGGAAGGAGUUGCCGUCCCCCUUGGUGGCUUGCUGCAGGACCAACCAACCAGCGUUACACAUAUGAGACAAUUAUGUUUUGUAUUUGUUUCCAAUGUCUUUCUUUCACCUUGUUGAUGUCCUUGUGUCUAUCACGGCUGACUAUCUCCUCGAUGAUCUCUCCCUCUCCCCUAACCAGCCUGUCAAAGAAUGGCAACACAGCUUUGCACAAUUUGGGCUUUUUAAGAAUAUGUGUUAAAAUGCUAACAGGUUUUUAAAAUGUGAGAUUUGUUUUACAUCAUAUUGUAGAUGUUUUAUUAUUGAGAUGACCGACACAGCAUACGUACUUGUAUUAUCAUAGGCUUGAUGUACGGUAGUACCAGGACAGAACUGUGAGGGGCAGCACUUGUGUGCCGGAAGUCACCCAAGUGCCGGAAAAUAAAAACUAGCGAGGCUAGCUAGUAGCUGUCAGGUCCAGUUGUAACGCCCUCGCGAUAGCCAACUAUUAUUCUCAUCAUUAGUAUUGAGGUAAGGCCUGUUGGACACGUUAUACGUUCAUGUAUGCAAACCAAAACCCAAAAGGUUAACGAAUUCAGUCUCACUUUUUAACUUUGCGGGGUUGUCGGUUGCUACUCGUUAGCCUAGUUUAUCUUAGCUUCCGGCCUCAGUCAGCUCGCUUCCCGAUUGGCUAAUUUCGUCCAGCUGACAAAUCCCGGACGUCGUUGAACCCAUGCAAGAUGAUUUUUAUCGUAUUCUCAAGAGCCAUCAGAUGUGAGGGGACUGACUGUCAAACACCCGUUUUCUUUUUGUUUUGUUUUUACCUGGUGCGUCCCGUUUCGGGGUCCACCACCUUGCGAAUGACACUCUGCCGGGCGUCGUAUUCCUCCUUGGUAAGAGGCCUCCUAGUGGCCAAGCGGGCCUUCUGUUCGUCUGUCAUCACUGAUCAGCCAAACAGAAACAAAUGAGGUAUCUAGAACCAACAAACAAGACACACCGACGGAAACUAGCAGGAGGGCGUUUUAAAAAUCUAGCAUGACUAUAUGAAAGAGCUAAACAGCUUUGCAAGCAGGCCCAUAAUAGUA